AGCUGGCGGCCACGAGUCGUCGGACAUGAAGGACAUGAAGAAGCCGCAGACCCCGGAGACGCCGGAAACCAAUUUGACGCAAGAGUUCUCCCUUUUGAACGUCAAUAUACCGAACGUUCAGAUCGAGGAACUCAAUGCAAUCAAAAGGGUUUGCAUAAUAACCGCCACCUCUUCCAUAUCGUGUCGGCUGAAGAUGACGUUCCCAUCGGGUUAUCCCAAUCACGUGGCACCGCACUUCAGUUUCUUGAGCAACGGCGCGACCGCACCGUCCGAUGACGUGAAGAAAGAGCUGCUGAAAGUGCUGCAAACAACGGCUUUCCUUCAGGUGAAGCGCAACCGCACGUGUCUCGAGCCAUGUCUUCGACAGUUUAUCGCAACACUCGAGCGCCUGACCGGCACAUCCCCGGCGCUCAUGUACGGGACACGACUGGAGCCGAUUUCAGGAUUAAUACCCGGCCAUCGCUACGGCUGCUAUUUGGACGCCUCUUCCGUUCCUUUUCCCCGCACUUCUGGCGCCCGAUUCUGUUCCGGAGAGCUAUUGGUGUGUUUUGGACGACCGCCACAUUUGGAGCAAAUGAACGCACAGACAGAAUACACGCCGCGAUCGUUGAGUGCUUUAGACGCCUACCUGUCCACUCAUCACCGGUCGGCUCAACCCAACCAAAACGUGGACCCAAUCGUGCCGUCCAUCUCAUCCUUUUAUUUCGAUCCUUCGCGACGUAAAAGAUAUAAAACUAAAUUAAGACGCAAUCAAAUAGAGACCAAAGUGGGCGCCGCCGGCAAACACAACAGCAAUAACUGCGGUCCGGUGUAUGUCUUCUCAGUGGCCGGACUGCUGCCCAUCAGUCGAGUGUUGGCCGAGAAUUAUGUGAUGAAUACAAACGGAGACAUUGUGUCGAUGUGUGAGACCAACGCCAAAGUGGCCAACACUUUCGGGCGCCGAGACUUAUGCCAGACCUGGAAUUUAGUCAAAUUGAGUGCUGAGAUAUACCUGAAGAGUUUGAAUCAGGCAAACCUAAUGGAGACGCCCUGGGCUUUGCACCCAUUCGGCAAACGUAUGGUUCAGUCGCUAAUAGAGCACUCAGUGCUGAAGUGCAAUGACAUCCAAACGGCCGCAAUGCUCGCCUGUACUUUCCAUAUGACAGACAACAAAGUCAAGUUACCACAUGUCAAGACAUCACAGCCCGGGAGUGGCAAUAAUUCGGUUCCGGGAAGUUCUCCCUAUCACACGGUCUGUUCAACAAUGCAGGCGCCAAACACUCCCGAAACUUAUGGCGAUUGGAAUCUCAUCUCUGCUGUGGAGAGUCUGAAGAGAACGCGAUCUAACAGUUGGUCUGACUUUGCGGAGAACGAGGCCCUCAUCUCAGGUCUGGUGAACAACCGAUGCGACAGCUUUUCCGAGCGCUUGGAACUGGAGGCUCACGAAAACAACAUUAAGAUGUUGGAGCCGAAGCUGCAGUUCCGAUACGAUUAUUACAAACAAAUAUACGCCGAUAUCCUCUAUCGGUGGCAACUCAUGGAAAAGCGAGCACUCAUUCUGAAGACAUGUCUGAACGUGAAUCAGAGUCAACUGUUUCACGUGGGCAUCGACUUCGUGACCGAAUGCCAGAACCCGUUAUGUGAGAAGCGGUACAACACAUGUCGCGGUCCAUACUGUGGGCACUGCAAGACACCGACCCUGUCGUGCGCCAUAUGCCGUAUGCCAGUGCGCGGGGCAGUCAACCACUGCGUGGUGUGCGGUCACGGAGGACACACUGUCCACAUGUAUAACUGGUUUGCGCAGUCAGACCAGUGCCCCACCGGUUGUGGAUGUCUUUGUUUGCAACAAAAUAAUAAUAUUUUCGCUUAAAAUUGUUAUGCGAUUUGACCGCAAAUUGUUGUACAUAUUUAGUACUGUAGUCUU